GUGCCAUCUACCUUUUUACCAGGUUUGUGUAAACCCACCGAAAGAUUCUCUUGUCGCCGUAAUACUUCACACGCUUCAGGGUCUUUUCGGUCCUUUUAUACGUGUAGGAAGUGUGUUUAUUCUCAAUUAUUCAAAUUUAUGAACCGGCCCGGUUAUCUAAACCAAUUUUUCUUUUUUAUAUCAAAAGACUGAUCUAAACCAAUUUAUAAUAAGAACGAAAAAAGGUUAUAUUUUUAUUGUCAACAAAAAAAAUUAUAAUUUAUAAUCAAACUUCUAUUGUUUAGAUACACUUUAAACUAACAUCUUGGAGGUUGCUCUGAGUUUGAGCAUCGAAGUAGUAAGGGUUGCAACUAUGGUCCUCCAAAUGAGUGGCAAGUGUAUAAGUGAGUGUCUAACUAGUGAGAAACAUUCUUGUACUCAAUACAUAUUAUAAUACGAGCAUCGAAAGCUUUAUUUGAAAAUUGAAAUUCAAAAACCAUAGAAAUGACGAACCGGAUUUCCGGAUUUGAAGGUGUCAAAUUAGCCAUUUGAGGCCCACUUGUUCUACGUAAAACUCAAGAAUUUGUCGUCUUGUUCAUUCUUGUAUUUGUUUCAUCGACAUCAUCGUAAACAAGGACAAAUCAAAAGAGCUUUUGUUUCUUAUCACACUAGGCAUCAAUAUCAUUAUUACUUUGAACACCAGACUCACUCGUGGCCUGAUUCGCUGAGAUAGCUUAACCCCGAGUCAAAAACAACCAUCAUGAGCUGGAUUUGUAGACUCGAUCUCAUCGAUCCCUACUACACCUGCUCUCCUCUCAUCGUCCGAAAAACCUCCAUUCUCGACCCUUCUUCAUUCUUUCCUUCCUUCAUCCACAACGACGAAGAUGUCGAAGAUCUCGCCUUCCCCUUCGAUUCACCGUCCCCUCUCGAUCUAUUCGAAACUGUGACGGAUCUGGUCAAGAUCAAGAUAUAUCCGUCUUGCAAGUACCAGCUGGUGUGCCAGACGGCGGAGCCGGAGUAUCCUCUCCAGUAUCUCUGCGACCAAGUUUCCGAGCUCGAAACUAAGUUUGAGCGAAUGGUCGGUCCUAAGGGCUCCAGAGAGAGGAAGUACAAAUGGGAGGUGGAGCUGGAGGGUCCCGGGGAAGGCAAGUACACGUGGACGACGAAGAUUUAAGGCGAGAAGAAGGAUUUGGUUGCUCUGAAGAAGACCAAGGCCAAGGCUGCUGAGGCGGAGAAAUAGAAGAAGGCGAUGGCGAAGAAGAAGAAGAAGAAGCAAAAGAGUUACAACUGGAUGACAAAGUUGAAGUCGGAGAGGGAGAACGGAGAGAUGCAGCACACGUAUACGAUCAAAGCUUCCUCUGGAGGUGAGAAGAAGAAGAAGAAGAAGAAGAAGAAGAAGAAGAAGAAGAAGAAGAAGAAGAAGAAGAAGAAGAAGAAGAAGAAGAAGAAGAAAGAAGAAGAAGAAGAAGAAGAAGAAGAAGAAGAAGAAGAAGAAGUCAUCUAUUUAUAUUCUCUUGCGUAUUCAAAAAGAAGUGGAGCAGUUAGGACCAAAAAGGGAAAUAACAAGGAAAUGCCGAUUGAAUAUGCAGCUGUGAUGAUCCAGAGGUCUUUUAGAGCUUAUCUGAUUUGCCGCUCAAAAGCAUUACGUGCUGCUCUUCGUGAUUUAGCUAUCGCAAAGACCAAACUUAAGGAGCUAAGAGCUUCGUUCCACAACUUAAACUAACGUCGCGUGAUAUCUCGUGAUGCAGAGGAGCGCCAUAAGUUCUCUGAGAAUAUCAUUGUCCUCCUCCUCACGGUUGAUACCAUAGAGGGAGUUGAUGUAAUGGUUAGAGGAGCAAAGAGAUCAAUGGUGGAUGAGAUGAAAGCAGUGUUUGAGGUUGUAGACCCGCAACCGCAGCAAGGGAAGUCGUUGUCGAUGAGGAGAAGAACAUUCGAUAUGCCAGACAGUAUGAUUUGCAAUGAAAUCGCAGAGGGAGUGACUCAGAUUGUGCAGAUGCUUGAAACUGAAGAAGAGUGAUGGAACCUAUGUGUGUACGUGAUUGAGAGGUUGUUUUUGUUGUGUAUUGGAAUAAUUUAAUUAGCCUCUUUUGUUUGUUUAGUGUCUUCUUGAAAAUGUUUCUAAUUAUGGUGAGAAAAAAAAUAAUAAUGAUGGGAGUGUCUGUUUAUCAGUC